AUGAUGUCAAGAUUGAUAGAACCACUGAGAUUAGUGGGAGUGAUUGGGGAUGUUCUUGAUGUCUUCACCCCCUCAGUAAAAAUUAGUGUGAUAUACAACACAAACAUGGAAGUCAAGAAUGGCUUCGAAUUCAUGCCUUCAACUAUCAGGUUUCCUCCUCAAGUCAGAGUUGAUGGCGAUAUGGGCAUAUUUUACACACUGAUAUUGACAGACCCAGAUGUCCCCAAUCCUAGUGAUCCUACCGGACGCGAAUAUCUCCAUUGGAUGGUGACUGAUAUACCUGGAACAAAAUCCACUUCUUUUGGUCGAGAACUAGUGAGUUAUGAGAGUCCAACACCAACAAUUGGAAUUCAUCGAUAUGUAUUUGCUUUGUUCGAGCAAGAGGGGAGGGGAGUAGUAGAUGCUUCUCCUCCGCGUCACCAUUUUAGUACUAGGGAGUUUGCACAGAGUAAUGGGUUGGGAUUACCAGUUGCUGCGCUAUUCUUCAACGCCCAACGAGAGACUGCUGGACGAAGACGUUAA